AUGCCAGGCAAAGGUAAAGGCAAAGGAGCCAAAGAAGGUAAAGGCAAAGGUAAAGGCAAAGGCAAAGGUAAAAAAGGUGGUGAGGCCGAAGCCCGCCGCAAGGCAGAAGCGGUCGAAGACAUCGAAAGCGAAGAAUACAAAACCAACCUCAUGCUUGAGCUCGCAGAGCUCCAAGAAGAAGCCAAAACUGAGAACGGCUUUGCUUCUCUUUACCAACAAGAAAGAGAGCGCAUCAACUACUUCUGGAUGGCCGAAAAAAAGCUUCUUGAAGAAAAGCAAGCCGAUUACCGCAAUAAAGAAUGAAGCCUCCAAGAACUUCGAGAAAAGCACGACAUUGAGAUUAACGUCUGCAAACAAAGGGUCAAGCACUUGCUAUUUGCAUCUCUUGACAACUUAACUGAAGAGAAAACCCAAGCUGAAAUGGGCCUGAAAAACUCAGAAGAUGAACACAGGCUGAAACAGAGAGAGCUUAAAUAUGACGUAAGGGCACUUAAAGUACAAGAAAAAGAAAAAGAGGUCUGUCAAGAUGACUAUAGAAUGGUAUAAUAAAUUUGAUAGAAAAUUGGUAAUUAAUUUUUAAUGGAAAAGGGUAAGAGAAAAGCGAAUAUUUAAGAUCACUUAAAAAAGAUGAGGACAAAAAGAAAAUGGAGCUGAGGCACGAAUUCGAAAGACAGGCUAUUGACUUAAAAGAUAAAUACACAGAAAAAAUGAACAGGCUGAGGAUUGACAUGGAAGAAAAAAAGAAAAGAAUCAUUGAACAAAUUGAAGCUAAAAUGAACGCAGCCAUCAAAGAUUUGACCAAAACACACCAACAAAAGCUGCUUGAUAUACAGAAUUACUAUAAAAAUAUAACAGAUUCAAAUAUUUCUCACAUAAAGCAGCUACAAGAAGACGUGGUUAGGCUUAGGAAAUUAGAGGUGGCUGACUUGAAGACCUUACACAAGCUUCAAUAUGAAAAUAAACAUUUCGUGAACCCUCUAAAAGAAACCCAGCUGAAAGUAUAAUUUUUUUAUUUAAAAAAUUAUUUUUUUUUAAAAAAAUUAAAAAAAAUACAAAUUUAUUAUAAAAAUGUAUAGAAGAGAAGAAAAAAGAGCUUGAGCAAUAUUUGAAAGACAAAGAAGAACUCCAUACCACAUUUAAACGUAUUACAGACAUUGAAGAAGAAAUCAGAAAUUGGACCUGGGAGUAUGAAGUUUUACUACAAGAGCAUGAUUACAUAAUGAAAGAAAGAGAUGAAAUCUAUGCAAGGUUCCAAGACUCUAUAUUAGAAGUUCAACAAAAAGUUGGCUUACGAAACCUAUACUAAUUUUUAUAUAAUUGUAAAUUUUAAAUAGUAUCUUUGGCUUAAUUUCUACAUGGAAAAUGUAUUUAUUUUAUUUUUAUAUAUAAAAAUUAGCCCUAUAGCUUAAUUCUUGAAAAGAAAUUAGAAACAAUUCAAGAAACACUUGAAGCCAAAAAUGUUCAGCUUUAUCAAAUCCUGCAAUCAGCCCAGCUUAGACCAGAAGCAAUUGCAAUGGUAACUUCUUCCCUUGAAGACGUAGAAAACUCUAAAAAUGAACAAAUCGCCGCAAUUCAAACUGAGCUGAAGAAAAUCAGAGAAGCACACAGCAAUAUGGUGAAAACCUAUGAAGGGAAGCUGUUUGAGUUUGGAAUUCCUGUCGAGGAGCUUGGCUUUGAUCCUCUUGUCCCUGCUAAUGUUUAA